AGUCCCUCCUCUGCGUCCCCCCGACGCCCCGUCCCCACGGGCCGGAACGCAGCGCUGUUCCUUUAACACCGCGCGGGAAGGGUGUAUGGAGAAGGGCUGAGUCCUCCCGCCUCCUCCUCCACCGCUCCCUUCCUCCCCCUCCGUCCCUCCCUCCCAUCCGAGUUUCAGGUGAAUGGGUCACUAAGGAAGGAGGCCGGCCACACCACACCUUCUCGCCAGCGCCCACUUUCCCCUCCCUGCUUCCUCUGGCGCAGGCGGCAGGACUCCGGGAGAGCGAGCCGAGCGCCGAGGAGCAGCAGAUUGGCUUAUCUUGGGAGCUGCUGGGGAUUGCUCAUCCUGAACAUCAGGUGACCAUCGACAUCAGCCAUGUCAUCAAGGCCUUUGGAAAGUCCACCUCCUUAUAACCCUGAUGAAUUCAAACCAAAUCAUUAUGCACCAAGCAAUGACAUGUAUGGUGGAGAGAUGCAUGUUCGACCAAUGCUUUCUCAGCCAGCAUAUUCUUUUUACCCAGAAGAUGAAAUCCUUCACUUCUACAAAUGGACCUCUCCUCCAGGAGUGAUUCGGAUUCUGUCUAUGCUCAUUAUCGUGAUGUGCAUUGCCAUCUUUGCCUGCGUUGCCUCCACACUUGCCUGGGACAGAGGCUAUGGAACUUCCUUACUAGGUGGUGGUAUAAACUACCCUUAUGGAGGAAGUAGCUUUGGUGGCUACGGAAGUGGCUAUGGUUAUGGCUAUGGCUAUGGUUACGGCUAUGGAAGCUAUACGGAUCCAAGAGCAGCAAAGGGCUUCCUGUUGGCCAUGACUGCCUUUUGCUUCGUUGCUACGUUGGUGAUAUUUGUUACCAGUGUUAUAAGAUCUGACAUGUCCAGAACAAGAAGAUACUACUUGAUUGUGAUAAUAGUGAGUGCUGUCCUGGGCAUCAUGGUAUUUAUUUCCACAAUUGUCUAUAUAAUGGGAGUCAACCCAACUGCCCAGGCUUCUGGGUCUAUAUAUGGUUCACAGAUCUAUGCCCUCUGCAACCAGUUUUAUACGCCUGUGACUACUGGAAUCUACGUGGAUCAAUAUUUGUAUCACUACUGUGUGGUGGAUCCCCAGGAGGCCAUUGCCAUCGUACUGGGUUUCUUGGUUAUUGUGGCUUUUGCUUUAAUAAUUUUCUUUGCUGUGAAAACUCGAAGAAAGAUGGACCGGUAUGACAAGUCCAAUAUUUUGUGGGACAAGGAACACAUUUAUGAUGAGCAGCCCCCUAAUGUCGAGGAGUGGGUUAAAAAUGUGUCUGCAGGCACACAAGACAUGCCCCCACCCCCCUCUGACUAUGCGGAGAGAGUUGAUGGCUCCCUGGUAUACUCUUCCAUUGGCAAAGUGAAUGGCAGGCGGUCUUAUCCAGAGUCUUCCUAUAAAUCCACACCGGUGCCUGAGGUGGCUCAGGAGCUUCCAGUGACUUCACCUCUGGAUGACUUCAGGCAGCCUCGUUACAGCAGCAGUGGUAACUUUGAGACACCUUCGAAAAGGGCUCCCACGAAGGGAAGAGCAGGAAAAUCAAGGAGAAUGGAGCAGGACCACUAUGAAACAGACUACACAACGGGCGGCGAGUCUUGUGAUGAGCUGGAGGACGACUGGAUCAGGGAAUAUCCACCUAUCACUUCGGAUCAAGAAAGACAAUUCUACAAGAGAGAUUUUGACACUGGCCUGCAGGAAUACAAGAGCUUACAAGCAGAACUUGAUGAGGUCAAUAAAGAACUCUCUCGACUGGAUAAAGAACUAGAUGACUAUAGAGAAGAAAGUGAAGAGUAUAUGGAGGCUGCUGAUGAAUACAACAGACUGAAGCAAGUUAAGGGAUCUGCAGAUUACAAAAAUAAGAGGAAUUAUUGCAAGCAGUUGAAGAGCAAAUUGUCACACAUCAAGAAGAUGGUCGGGGACUAUGAUAGACGGAAAACAUAGAAGGUAGAUGCCACAUUGUUUGAGAAAUGAAGACGUAUCUGUCUGAUGUCUCUGAAGUGUUCUCAGAAGGCAAAUGACUUGGAUCAUUAACCCAGGAAGCCAAACUUUUGUGAUCCAUUACGAAGUUUUGGUAGCUUUAAUAUCAGUGUUGAAGCAUUUUUUAAAUAGUUUUUGAUAAUGAACUUGGCUGAACACUCCAAUUAAGGAUAUUAUGCUUUAAACAUUGGUUGUUGUGUUAAGAAUGAAAUACUGUUUGAGGUUUUUAAACCUUAACACAAGGUCCUGGUGUGAACUGUGUGGUGAACUUCCACACAGCAGACAGUGAUGUAUUAAUAUUUGUGUACAUGCAUUCAUUCACACAGGUGAUCUCAUUUAUCCUCCCAAUAACCUUUCAGGUAACUAUUAUUUAUAAUCACUUCUUUUCAGAUAAGGAAAGUAGGUCUCCACAAUGAAGUCUCUGAAGUGAACCUUGCUUGUUUCCUAGCACACAGUUUUGGUUAAGUCUGUUUUAUGACUCUAUUAAUAAUAAAGUCCCUGGCCUUUCAUAUUUUAGCUACUAUGUGUACUGUGUUCUACCAGCCUCCAUGUUGAUUUUUUCUGUUGUAUAAAUGGUUGAAAGAGGUUUUUUCUUGUUUUAUGUUAUCCUAAUAAUACAGAUCAUGUACAAGU